GCCUUCCUUGUAUGUAGCCCUAGGAUCGGGCUUGUCGGCAAUACCCGGAUGGAAGGGUUAUGGCCGCCAUCGGGGACUCGCCCGCCAUGGAGCUCACGCCAGAUUUCAUCUCUUCUUUUGAUCAGUGUUCCUGAUUGUGGCUUUUUUUCAAGCAUUGUAUUGUGUGCCUUUUGUUCCUUGAAGAAGAGGGGUGCUAAAGAUUGAAGUACUGGAGUAUAGUUUUCUUUAAAUAGUAAGUUAAAGUGGGAAAAUUCUGGAAUUUUGAAGAUGUCUCAGCACAAUAUUCUAGUUUUCUGCAUAAAUUAUAAAUAACUUCAAGAAUUUGCUGAGUAGAGGACACCAGGAUCAGUUUUUCAAAUCAUGCCAUCUGAACAGAAGCAUUUUUUUUGUGAUGAAAAGCCAACUACUUUAAAAAAAGAUUAUAAUGUAGAAGACAUAAUAGUUAUUGAUGCUGUAGAGUCAGAAGAACCAAGAGUUUUAGAAGAUAAUUUUCCUUAUGAACUGAAAAAUGUGAAAGUUGAUUUGCCCAAGAUAAGUAUUCCAGAUGAAGCCCUAUUGACGCAUGAAGUUGACGUAUAUAGACAAUUACUUGAGAAUAAACCACAAACUGCCAGAAAAUCUGUUUGCAAAGAGAAAGCAGAUGAAAGUCCUUUAAACUGUUUAGAGGAGUGUAAUUUGUGGCAUAGACCCAAUAUAGGAUAUGAAGAAGAAGGAAUGAAAAUGUCUGCAAAAAUACUUAAUUUCAGCUGUACAAAAUGUAGAGACAAUGUUCGAUAUAGCCCGAAUGAUUUGCAGAAACAUUUUCAGCUUUUGCACUGUGGAGAGUUACCUUUAUAUCCUUGUGAGAUGUGCAGUUUUUCUGCAAAUGACUUUCAGUCAUUUAAACAACACAGACUUAUCCACCGAAGCACUUUAGUAAAAUGUGACAUUUGUAAUGAUGAGAAUGUGUAUACUUUAUUAGACUUAACAAAGCAUUUUACAGUUAACCAUUGUGUUAAUGGUAAUUUUCAAUGUGAAAAAUGCAAGUUCUCUACCAAGGAUGUUGGCACAUUUGUUCAACAUAUUCAUAGACAUAAUGAGAUUCACUAUAAAUGUAGUAAAUGUCAUCAUAUAAGUUUCACCAAAGGAGAGUUUCAGCAGCAUCUCUUUGUUCAUUCCACUACUGUUCCCUUCAGUUGUCAAUAUUGUAACUAUAGUGCUGCCGGGAAGGACCAACUUCUGAAACAUGUUAUAGCUUUGCACAAAGAUCAAUUAUAUGCAAAAGACAAACUGGAAAAGGAAAAAUGUGAAAAAAGAAUAGUAAAGACUACAGCUGGACUUAAGCUGAUAUUAAGACGAUACAAGAUAGGAACAUCAAGAAAAACACUUUGGAGACAGAAGAAAGAGAGCAAUGGAAAUGACAGCUAUGUAGAAAAAAACACACAGGUGCUCAAAAAUAAUAAAAUUCAGAUUAAAUCUGAAGAACAGAGUAAUAUAUGGGAGCAUUUGAAUGAAGAAAAGGAUGAAAUCAUACAUAUUGAAAAGCAAAGUCAGAAGCAAGAUGAGUCAGAAUCAGAAACAAGAAACCUCUUACCUACCAGUCAGUGUAGUAGACCUGAAGAGGGAUCAAGUUCUGGUUUUGGACUUUUAAAGAAUGCUAUACAUGGACCCACAGUGCUAAUGAUGAAAAAUAAUAAAAUAUCAGUUCCUGCCAACUAUAGUGCUAAGUUUAUGGGGUUCAAGAUGGUAGAUGGAAAACAACACAUAGUUAUAAAAUUGUUGCCUACCAAUAAAUCGAAUUCAUGUUCUCCAGGUCUACAGCCAGAUAUAACAAAGGACAACACUACUGAUUUGCAGCAUCAUACAGCUGAAACUACUGGAUUAUCUACAGGUGCUACACUGCAUACAUCUGAUUUGAAUAAUACAAUUUGCACUAACACAUCUAAUCCAUUAUCAUUUUCUACUCCUCUGUUUUCAGGGAAUGCAACAUUGGAAAAAGAAAAAGCUGUCUUGGCUCAAGCUAGGAGUAAAUCUCAGACAGUAGUAGGUGCUGAGAAAAGUACACCUCACUUGUCAACAAAUUCAGAAUUGACUGCAGCUCCUUUGAAUUUGACCACUAAAAUUAGAAUAAGUAAUAAUGUUGAAGCAUGGGGAAGUUGUGUUACUCAAAGUCAUCCUCAGGUAUUGUGUGCCACAGUUAAGAACCCAGUUAACUUGGAAUCUGUUGAAGUAAAUUCUGUUGAACCAAAAGCACAAUAUAGUGGGAUGUUGAAUAACUCCAGUAUUAAUGAUCUCAACUAUAUGCCAUCCUGUAAUCAAGGAUCAUUACCUUUUCAUAAUUACUCAAAAAUGGACGUUUUGGAUAAUUCAUGCAGUAUUUCGGUGACAGCAUGUGAAAACUCUGAAGAAUCUUCAUCAAGCAAAACAGCUGUACACCAAUAUAAUUUGAGAAGUGAAGCAGUCUUGCCAUCAGUGGGGAGGAACACAAAUCCAGAUCUCCAUCAAACAUCUCCAUCAAAGAUUUGUCAAACUUAUUGCCCUUUAAACUCUAAAGAUACUUUUGAACCUUUAAAAAACCAACGUGAAGUUGACACAGAAAUUUUAGAAACAGUACAAAAUAUGGACACACAGAAUCCUCAUACUAAUAUAAAUCAAGACUUAGAGAAUGUAGCUGAGAAAUCAGAUUGGGAGGAUGUCUCUUCUGCUGAUUCAUUCACAAUGCCUAAAAUCACAUCUGUUUUCUCACUACAGAGUGAACAGGCAUCUGAUUUUUUAUCUCCUGAAGAAAACCGGUUGUUACAAGAUGUAUUGAAUGAAAAAUCAAGUGUGGAGAAAGGCUCUGAUAUGACACCAAAUAAAGGAAUACAACUUCAUGAUGAGCCACUUUUGAAAAAUGAGGGAAAGAGCGACAUAACUGAGUGUUUUAAAGGUUCAGGAGGUCCAUACACUUUACCCAUUUCAUCUAAGAAUGUGGGUGUUGGUGUACAUACAAAAGGUCUCAGUGCCAGCAACUGUACAACAAAUGCAGAAAUGGAUUGUGAGAAAGAAAAACAAGUACUGCCAACACCAAAUGAUUUGGGAGACUUUGAGAAAAUACCCAGAAUUGCUGGUGUUGGCACAUUAGUUAAAACCCAGUCCGAUACAAUAAUAACUCAGCAACUUGUAAAAGACAAAAUACAGGCUACUCCAGAAAAUUCUAAUGGCGUAGGUUCUUUUCAUGUUCUGAGCCCACCAAUAAAUUCUGAACCGAAAAAAACAAUUUUAGUUCAGUCGUCUCCUAAAGGGUUUAUUUUACCUUUGCAUCUUGCUAGCAAAUCUGGAUUACAACUUGUUUCAGGAAGAAGUCUUUCAUCAGCUAAUCCACCAGGUAUUUAUAUGACUCAAGGUGUACCAUCAUCUCUCCUUUUAAACAAGAAACCUGGAAUGAUUCUAAGGUUAAGUAAUGGAGUGCUUGGAAGUGUUACCAACAUCACAGGUGAGAGAUCUCAAAUUUUUGGUGCUGCUGCAGCUAAGGAACAUGACAAAACACCUUCUGUAAGGGCAGAAUUGAAAAAGGAUAGUCCAGCAAGUAUAAUUUGCCCCUCUACAUUGGAGAGUAGGCCUGAAAUGACAGUUAGUUCAGAAAAUAGUGUGCCAUUUAAAGGAUCGUAUAUUAUUAGAAACCCAGCAGAGUCUUCAGUGAAUAGAAUUUCUUCUCAGAAUACACUGCCUGGAUGUCAAGGCACUAAAUCACAUACUUUGGGUUCAGUAAAGCAGCCAAGUGAAGCUCAGCAGAAACAGUCUCUUUAUGCAUUGUUGCCUGAUGGCCGACAGGCAGUUCUCCUAAGAUGUGUAACUCCCAAUAAAUCGCAAAUAGGUCCAUCUGAUUUAUUACAGAAUGGCACUUACGAUCAUCAGAAUCAUCAACCAAAGAAAACUGGAGCAACACAGCAAAAAAUACUGCUGAAAAUUAUUAAGAACCCUGCUUGUGAUAUCAGUCAGUCAGUAAACAGUCCUAAGUCUUCAUUACAGUUAGAUAUCAUACAGUCACAUCAAACUUCCAUAGCAAAGGAGAAACAACCAGUCUCUUCUAGCAAUGCCUUACUCUUAACAGAUAGAUUGAUGCCAGCAAAUGCAACUAUCGCAACCUCUACAGCAAUAUGCCCCAUUCCUCCUCAAGGGACAGUUUGUACCACCAACCAUCCAGAGACACAGUUAUUAAGGUGUCAAACAGAUCGUUCAUCUGGGAGUGGCUUCAGUAAUAGAAAGUCUACCAGAAGACAGAUUUCACAAAUAAAAACUCAUAUAAGACAUAAAGCUUCUGAACCUAUGAUUACAUAUAAAAACAGGAACUUUGGACCAAAAUGGAGAGGGAAUUUAGAGGAAUGGCCUAGAAAAAAGGUAAUGUUGCAUAGGAAGAGUAAAAGAAAAACUAAAUCUGAAGAUUUUCAUGACACAUUUGACCUUUACAGACCAAGGUUUCCUAAGGAUACAAUUAGGACUUUGCGACUUUUCCCUUUCAGUUCUACGCAGCUUGUAAAAUGCCCCAGAAGAAAUCAGCCUGUUGUGGUUUUAAACCAUCCUGAUGCAGAUGCUCCGGAAGUGGUAAAUGUAAUGAAAACUAUUGCUAAGUUUAAAGGGCAUGUGCUCAAGGUUUCAUUGUCAAAAAGAACAAUUCAGGCACUUCUGGAACCAGCAUAUUGUAACAUUUCUAAAGCAAUUACUGAUGACUUUUCUGCCAAGAGGCAUAAAGUACUUAAACCUGUGAAAGAAAGAUUUGUGUUAAAAUUAACGCUUAAAAAGACAAGCAAAAAUAAUUAUCAGAUUGUGAAAACUACCUCUGAUAAUACUCUGAAGGCAAAGUUUAACUGCUGGUAUUGUGGUAGAAUUUUUGACAAUCAGGAUGCUUGGGUGGGUCAUGGACAACGACAUUUAAUGGAAGCUACUCGGGAUUGGCAUAUGUUAGAAUAAUUUGCCUUGAUUAUUAAAAAAUAAAAUUAUUUUAAAAGAAUGAAUCAAAUUAUGAUAUGCAGAUGUUUUCUAUUUCAGUGUAGUACCAGAAGUUAAGCUUUUAAAUAUUAAUUGUUUUUCGACCUGGUUAUAUUUUAAUGGAAAAACAAAAUUGCAGCAUUUGAAAAUGCCACCACAACAUGCAUGCAUUUUGAAAUUAUAGCACAGAUGUACUUUGGGUUUUUUUUCUUUCUUUUUUGCAAGAAUAUGUUCGGAAUAUUUAGGUUAAAAGGAAAAAAAAUUUGAAAAGUAAAUCUUUUCCCCCAGUAAGUAAUAUUGAAAAAUUACUUGGGAAUAUGUAUUAUAGUGGAGGUUGGCAUUUCCAUCAGCACUGCUUUGGCUGUUAUCAGUCCUAUAAAAUCUGGUAAGUAUUUCACCUCUAAGUAUGGCACCAGCAUCCCACCACGAAGCUAAAGUUUCUCUUCCUGGUUUCCUUUCCAGGCUGCUUAUCCUCAGUCCAGAUUACUCAGAGACCUCUGGCACAGAGAGGAGUAUAAUUCUCAAGUCAGUGUGGUCCUGUGGAAAGAGCAUUGGAUUUGGAGAUAGAGAUCCUAUUCUCCAAUGCCAUUUAAUGUCUGUGGCUUUGGGCAAGUCACCAUGGACUUCAAGUUGCUCAUUUGUAUAAUAAGGAGGGUAGAACUGAUUGUGACCCCUAAGGUCCUUUUCACCUCUAAUCUAUGAGCCUUCUAAAGGAAAUAGAUUGACGGGAUAGUGUAGUUGACUUACAAUUAACUCGUUGCAAUUAGAAUACCACUGGGUACCUCACUUUCGUACAAGAGAUGUCUCUGAAUAGAUAGGUAAAGCAAAUCACUAAUUUAUUUUCCUGUUAAGGCUUACAUUACUGAGCUAUGUCCUAUAAUGGGCGAAGGUUUAUACUACCUUUAGAGGUUAUGAUUCAAAGGCUAGUAUUGGGCUGUAUUGGAAGGCUGGAACAGAAACAAGGGAAUAUCUUUUUAGUCCAACUUUGGAGAACCUUGUUGCAGAGCUGGUGGCAGAUUUCUUUAGAUAAAUGCAUUUUCCAGAAUUUCCAGGGAGCUCUUAUACUUGAUGUAGAUGCUCUCUGCCAUUCUAACUGUUUUUCUUCUGGAUGUAAGAUCUACAAGUAGGCGCUUCUCAGGGAAAAUUUGUUUUUCUAGAUGGUUUUUUUUUAAAAAAUAUACAGUAACAAUCUGGUAAUCUCAGAGCUCUGGAAAAAAAGAAAAGAGCCCCAUUUCCAUGACUGAGAAAACAUCAUUCCAUAUCUUUCACACAUGAAAGUGUGGAAGUGGUUCUCAUAAUAUUUAGAGGACUGGAAAUCCAAAGCAAAAGAGCUGAUUGGUGUCAGGGAGAGGUAGAGGGAGACAGCAGUAUAGAACUUUAAUCAGUGGUAGAACUCAGGACAGCUUUCUAGUGGAUGCCUCGAUAAGAACAGACUUAAAAUGAAGUUGCUGCACAGAAGAAUCAAAGACAAAAUUUUUGCUAUAUAAAUGUGGUUUGACUUUUAUUGGGUCUUUGUAUAAUGGAGCUCAUCUGUACUAGAAAAUUACAUGAUCUAAGAUUUUUUUGUUACAUGGUUACUAUAAGUGUUAUAUAUUUUUAUUAUUGAUUGGAAUAAAUCUUCAGGGCUUCUCUUCUGUAUAUAACUAAAAUUUUAGAUGUGUACAUAUUUUUGUAUAUGGCUUAUUUGCUAUAAACCCUGCACAGAGAUUUUUUUGGCCUAAAAAGUUUGUUUUUAGUUCUGGGCAUGCACUAAUAAAACCGGUUAUAAACUUUUAAAAAAUAUAUAGAGAGAGCUUUUACCAGCAUUAUUUUCUUGGUUUUAAUUUUAGUUUUAUUAAUUUUUUUUUGUAAAUUUGUUUUUCAGGGAUAUGAACACUAUUGUUAGCAAGUGCCUAAAAGAUGUGAAACAGUUUACAUAUAUCAACUGUAACAAAAGGUCCAAAAUGGGCCAUUUCCCCAAGAGGUUUAUUUUGAAGAAAGCCAUAUGUAGAUGCUUUAAGCUAUCUUGCUAUGCACAUGACACUUGUACUGUUUCUGUGCAGUUUGUCUACUUUCUUAGUGAAGUAUUUUUCAUAUAAAUAAAACGUUACUAUUGUGUUUAUUAAA